AUGUUAUCCUUCCCACUGUCAUCCGCCUCCUCUUUUGAUUCGGGACAUGGCCUGAAGGUCAAGGUAGGCAGGGUCUCAAUCUCGGCCUAGUAUUCUGCUGCGAUAUUAUUUUAAAAAGAGUUUCCAAGGUAACAUCCAGAUCAGUUCCCUUUAAAAACUAAAAAGAUGCAGAAGGUCACCUCUGUCCUGUCCGAUGUCGAGGGGAUAGACAUUCAGUGCGCUCCGGCACAGUAUGUAAAGUAUUUCACUUUAUGAAAGGGGCCUUGUGGCAGGUUGCCGUACACUUUUAAGUAUAUCUAUAUAUUUUCGAAACCACUGUCGCCAAGCCGGCACCGCACAUUCCCGGUGAGGCCACACAAGCACUCGAUAUACCUAACCGAGGGAAUUUGCAGGUUUGCGAGGCAACACCCAUGAUGAAGCGUACAAAAAUUACAGCGUAAUGUAUCGGGCGGUGUAGUUGAUUUUCCAAAUAUCAUUUUCCCUAGCUUACGGCAAGUGCAUCUCAGGCUGACCGGGCGGUAGUUAUUUAGAUAUAGUUCUGGUCCCCUCUGGAUGAUAAGAAGGAUAUUGCCCAAAUUCCAUCUAUCGGGAGCUUAGGAGGUUUGAGGGAUUUUCGGAAGAUUACACAGAGGGUUUGACGUAGUUCUUUAGCUAUUUGACAAAGGAGUACUCCUGAAAUCGCACCUGGUCCAUGAGACUUAGUGACAUCCCAUCAGUAACGUCUUCGCGUGCGAGUACAGGACCACAUACUUUUAAACUCUGUUCAGUUCAUAUUUCACUGUUAAUUAUGCUACCUGACCUGCAAAUAAUCGGUUUUGGCCUUACUUACCGCGUUCACUCGCUGCGGCCGUUUUACUAGUUUCAAUGAAUAACACGUAAUUUGCAAGAAUGCUUGCAUGAUGAGCAGCUGCAUGAAAUUUCUCGCAGUAUAUUUCCUUUAUAUUUACAUAUUGCUUCGAAAAACCCCCCGAAAAAAACCACUUAUGUCCUAAGGAGAUAAUUCAUAUUCUAAUUAGCAACUCUUAGUAAAUUAUGACGGACGUUUGAUUAUCCACGGUGUAAUCAAAAAGUAUUUUAGUGAGGACGGGAUGCUGGCAUUUGAAUAGGAUCAUAAAGGAUGUCUUUGUCUCUUGGAACCGUUUUUCGACUAGGAAUAGCCGGAGCAUCAAGCAUACUCAUCGCUUAUCUAUUUUACUAUUGUGUCUCGGCAACAGGCUCUUAUGUUCCCCUUCUUGAAUGAUUCAUUUAUAAUUCAGUCACAAAUCCGUCACUUAUAAUCCAGCACACGAUAUUGUCCAUCGCUAUCGCCUACCUAUUCAUCUUCUAAUUUUCAGAUCAUGGCGUUCUCUGUCUGCUUAUCUGGCUGUUGUCAAGCCUAGUCUCUAACCCUGCCUUAGGUAGGCAUCAGUCCCUUUUCUGAAAACCGCCUCUGAUCACGCCCACACGCAUGCUGAUCGUUUACUAGUAGUAUUCGAAGUAGUAAAGACAGGGACAAGAAAUUGACAACACAUAUUAUCGUCCUCCUUUUCCCUAUAUGCACGGGUUUGCCACAAUCUUAUUCGUGAUGUUUGUUUUUCAAAGCACACCUAGUGAGGAAAUCCUAUUUCACCGGUUCCAUAAUGAAGUUUUACAGUGGAUGGGCGAACUCAUGAAAUCUCAACCGAAAUUACGAAAUGCGUUUUCAUUUCGAAUAGGGUGAUUAAGCAGGAUUGUAAAACCGAGUAUCGUGCAAAGCAACCCUAUAAAAAUCUAGUUACUACACUAUACGUGCUUUCGGGCGAACUACUUACAGACAGCAUGCAUGAACUAUACUCUGUAAAAAUGACUACUUAAGUAUCGUGCAUUUAUUGGUUGAAUUUCGACUUUGUUAGAAAUAUUAUUUCAUUUAAUGGAAAACACGCAGAAAAUAUUCUUUAACCGGCGCACUCAUUAAAAAAUGACGUCUUCUUCCAAUGUUGUACUCGAAGGAAGUACAUAAUUCGGUUUUUGAAAACCUUUCCAAUUUCCGAUUAAUUUUAAACCCGACCUGCCGUCCCACUUCCAUUAAGGAUUUCUUAACUACAAGCUGUGCAUUUUCCGCUUGCGGAAAACCAUACAUUUUUUCUACGGCAUUAGGAAGAGGCCAUAAGGAACUAAUUAUUUCAGUAUCAGUAUCAGUAUAUUUCAGGGAAAGUAGGUGUGUACCUUUGAAAUCCCUAUUGGUUACAUGCAGAGGAUAUAUAUGGAGGAAAUCGAAAGGAAGUAACAUGAAAGAAAUGCGAGGGGAAUAGCAAAAACUGUACAGAUGAACACAGAAUGUCAUGCGUUAACAGAGUUUAGAGGCACAUUAACUUGCUUUGUUGAUCAAAAUACAGCGGACAGUUGAGGCACACUUAAGAUACGGGAAAAGAAGUAACAUUGUUUAGUCAACAGGCAUCGUGGUGAAUGCGGACAGCGGUGUGCGACGUGGUUCAAGCUUAAUAAAUUAUAUAAACAUAUAUUACUUAAAUGUUGGUAGUAGCAUCGUUAUUACAGUAAAUUGACAGCGUUGGCUGAUAAGGUGGCCGUAGUCCGGCGUUAUUGUGGUGCGCGCUACAAUGCUGAUCUAGUCUCCAUUUAAAAGUCUCUACCGAGCCUGACUUAACAACAUCCUCAGGCAAGGCAUUCCAAGCUGCAACCACUCUGUUGGAGAAAAAGAACUUUCGGGUGUCAAGCCGGGCACCAGCCACACGCAGUUUGAGUGGAUGGCCUCUCAGGUUAGUCGUAGUCGCCAACUCGAAGAAGUCUCCAAACGCGAGGCAGCAGCCGUGAUUGCGCACGAUGCGGGAAGCUUGUAUCAGGUCCCCACGUAGCUGUCUGUAACUCAAAGGAAAGAGGUCAAGAUUAGCUAAUCGCGUUUCGUAGGGUAGUGACAACUGACCAGAUACAAGUUUCGUUGCUCGCCGUGGAACUUUCUCGAGUAUGCCCAAGUCUUUAGCGGUCCAGGGUCGCCGUGCUUGGAUAGCAAACUCCAGAUGCGGUCGCACAAAAGUUUGAAAGACCUUGGCGAAGCAGUCUUCAUCAAAGGAGGAGAACGCCCGUUUGAGAAGGUAAAGCAUGGACAUCGCCGACUUGGCCAACUUUGAACAUUGCUGCGAAGGCUUAAGCGAGGUUGUGAUCCAUACACCCAAGUCCUUCUGGGCGUCGACUUCUUGCAGUGAUUUGCCAGUCAGACGGUAGACCGUGUGGUUAGGAGAACUGGUUCUGCCGACGCGUAGGAAAGUACACUUGUUUACGUUAAACGGUAGAAGACAGUCUUUCGACCAUUGCUCGAGGUGGUCCAGAUUUGUCUGCAGUCGCGCCUCGUCAACUUGGCUUCGUAUGGUACUCCAGUGGACUGGCAGUGGACUUGGGCCAAAUCGUUAACUUUACAUGCCACAUUGGUAAAUGCAUAGACAUGACGUUCAAUGAACGGCCAUUUCGCAGUAUUAUAAAAUCUCACAAUAUGAGACUGUUCGAAUAUAAAAAUUGGGGAAGAUGUCAUUUUACCAAAUGAGCAAGAAAAGGAAUAUUUUUCUUCACGGUUUCCAAGAACAAUAAUUGAAAUUUUCAGGGUGUUAACAAAAAUCAAUGUAAAAUGCAUUCUACUUACAUAGUUCUCUUUUUACAAAAUAUACCUUUUGUACCCAGGCAAAAGAAGUUUGCUCGAAAGCCCGCAUUCCGAGGUAACAUCAUUUUUAUGGAAUUAUGCGGCAAGAUUAUUAGUUUUUCAACCCUAUUUAAUUAAUCGUUUCGAAACGUAAACGCUUUUCGGAAUUUCGGUUGGCAUUUCAUGACGGGCCGAUAGACGCAAAUCAAUAAUUCCUUAAACUAUUUAAUUUUUGCCUCUGUAAUGCUCUAUAUGAAGGAGUUCCUUAAAUAGGCCUUGAGUACAUAGAGCAUUUCGCCCACUUUAUGUAGGCCUUAUUACUCCAUGACUGGCGCUAUGAUGAAUUUAAACGGGGUAUUCCAAUAAUAUAGGGAGCCAAAUUGCUUCGCACCUAGCCUAAUUUCCUCAAACCUAGACGAUACUUGCGGUGAACGACGGAUUUCAUGGGCAUUUCAUUUCGGUCAGUCUAAAUGCUAUUGACAUGAGAAGUACAAACUAUAUGAUCUAUGGACGUUUAGUACAAAAGUCCAGAUCGGUUGGGUAUCUAAAAGGACUUGCGCGCCCAUUUUGUUUCGUAGCUGCAGUUCCGAUGUCUAGAUGAAGCAAAUACGGAAGCUGUUUAGGAACACAAAACAGUGCCUACAUAAAAAACAUCGCGGCGGACGACAUAGCGCACUGCAAAAGUAAAAAACACUAACUAUCAGCAUGGCAUUUAAAUAGGAUGAAUUGUGAUGUGCAUUCUUUCGUCACAAAUGGUAUAACGCAUGUCUGGUUUUUGGCAUUCAGUUCUGAAACAUCAUGCAAUAAUGGUCAGGUCUCUAUAUUUUGUCCGAUGUUCCUAAAUUGAUUGAAUAUAAUUUGGAAUUCUGCAACCUAUUCUAACUUAAGCUACAAACAAUCAAUAUCCUGACAUUGAUCUCGUCUUCUACAAAUAGUCAUUUUUAGGGCCAACGCGAAAAACCACCGAAGUAUGUAAAGAGGAUUUCUGUAGGUAGGCUUUUGUUGCAGGUCCACAUUAUAUUGCGCUAAUCUGGCAAGUAGUAUCAAAAUCAAAUUCGAGUAUUUGAAUAUACGUUAACACAGCAGACACAUGCAUAAAAAUAAUGCAGCAUACAGCCAACGGUUGAAUCACAUUAAGUGGGGCGUUUGCUAUAGGUUGCCGGCAUCUGCGUCGGUAUCAUGAGAAGGCGAAUGACGCCGUCCAAAUUCGUACCGCUCACAUUCCUUAAUUUAGGAGGCAAAAAUGAAAGCUGGCAAUCUAAUAUGUUUAGGAUAUGUCAAAAGAUCAGUAAACUCUCUGAGAAAAAUCGGAAUAACGUCAAAAUUAAGGUCCUAAAACUGAAAGUAUGUUCGGCUAAUAUAUUAAAUAUACCAUCCUGCAUUAAACGUAUCUGCGAUUUGGAACAAAAUAUCUUGUCUCAAAGGCAUGUUAAUUGUUUCUUUAGGGCGCAUAACAUGUUCAUGUUAAAACGUAAACCGACCUUGGUUGUUAAUCAUUAAAAAAAUCGAUUUUCAAAGUACCUCCUGCUCAUUGGCUUCACAUUCCAGUCGUUGCGUUGAGAAUGCGUAAUUUUCUUUUUUUUUGUUCAUACCCUUUGUCUUUUGGGUGUUUAAGUACUAUUGGAUUUAAGAGGUUUAAUUGUAAAAAAACUGUCCGACGAUAUUCUAUAUAAACUUGUCCACGGUCGGCUCCUUUGUUUGCGUUAAAAGACAACCACUCACUUUUAUGUGAAAUAGCGUUAUUUGAUUCUGCUUAGAUAAUCAGGAGAAAAGAUUUCGAAGUGAGAUUUCAGUUUGGCUUCCGCAUUCAUCAAUGUCCUCUUUACCAAAAUCUCGUGCGGUAAAUCCCAUAAACAAACCUCAGUCAUUCUGCAGCCUCGUCAAAAAACUACCAAGAUACAAAGUCCGCAAAUGCUUGUCUUUAAAAGUAGCAAAUUUAUAGCAACAACGAGACAUGUACCUUUUGCCAUUUGCGAGAAAUUUAUUUAAAAUAUAAAACCUCACAUAGGUUCUGUUUUACAUGAUAUGGACAGUGCGUUUUGGAAAACCUUCCAGACAGAUGACAGAAUAACAAUGUCAUUUGCCUUGGGCGGUGAAUUGCUCUCAGUUUUCAUGCUGCUGUGCACCCUCCUGGGGUGAAAUGAUUCUGAAGAUUUGAUCGUGUCGUAGUCCGCAAUAGGUUUGACCGUAAGAGGUUUGUUGAUACUUGAAUGCUUAUUUAAUGAAGGCCACCUCCGGCACCUGGACGAAGCCAUAUGCUUUCGGCUUCAAAAUUUGCGCAUGUGUCCACCUUUCAGGCUUAUGAGUUAUGUGUUGCGCUAGGUUGACUUUUUCUCGUGAACGUAGACAUAAAAUUUGAAAAUCAAUUUUGCUUACCUUGAGUAGUUUUUGAAUGCAGUCGGAAGGAAUUUCAUUCGAAAACCAGCAUCCUGACGUAAAUGAAAUAUUAUAGAAUUAUGUUGCAGGCGGGUUAGUUUAACAACCAUACUUUAUUAAUCUUUUCGAUACCAAAACGCCUUUCGGAAUUUCCGUUGACAUUUCAUGAGUUAGCCCAUCUACUGUAUGUAAAAAGUCCCGAGGAUAUUUCACGUACAAAAUGCAAAAUUACGUCUCGGCCGGGGUCAAUUAAUCAAAAAGAGUUAUUUUAGUGGUAUUUUUAGCUGCGUGGCUUCAGGGACCCGAAAACUAAGCUCAGUAUUAUAAAAUAUCCAAAAAUAUACGAUACAAUUAAUAUAAUAUACCUGAAUUAUAUAGUAUUUACCUUUAAAAAUUAACAUUAAAAUGAUGAGUUUCCAUAAUAAAAACCAACUACAGUAUCGGUAGGUAUGUUCGUUUUUGCCGCAUAACGUAUCGUCUAAUGUCAACACAGUUGAUUAUUUUUAGUAGUGGGAGGUGUUGAAAAUGUUUUUUCGAAAGAAAAUCACUAAUGGUUUUAUAUGUAUCUCGCUGAGGUAUAUGACAAUGUACAUUUAACCAACGCAAAGUCUUUAAGAGCUAUAGUAAACGAUUUUGUCCUUGUAUUUAUAAGAUCAGCGGCAUCCGCAUACUCUUUAGGCGCGCUUUACAAAAAGGUUAGUUUAUCUUUUACCUUUCAGCCGCAGGUAAACCACGGUCGGAUAAUCGCCAGAUGUGCUCGUCUAUGCGUUGUAUGCUGUAUUUCUUAAAUGAAAGGCGGAUUUUUUUUAUCGGCGUACGCAUUCACUUACAUUCCAUGGAAUGGUUUCAUGGCAAAUUCACCAUACAAAUCAGUAGAUUGUGCUCAAGCAGUUUUCAGGUAAACAGGUACCUCUUUGAAACUGUUUGCUCAUGCCUCUCGUUCAUCGCCUGUUGACGUUAUAAACGCUUUUUCGUGGAAAAAUACUGACUAACAACAUCGCGUCCAAACAUAUUUUCCACAAAAAGCUCUUGCAAAAUAGGUUGUAUUUGCGACCAUGUAGCAUUAAAUUUCAUCGUGAAAACGAUUAUAAUGCUGUCCUUAGCAGUCAUAAUACACAUCGGAGCAACAUUUGUAACCUAACGUUAGCCAUAUUGUAUAGCGCAAAAUAACGUUGGAUUUCUAAAAGGUAACCAUGCCCUAGUUUACGCAGAUUACGAAAUCUUCACCGAAUCAUGUUACACCAUGUGUUGGUGGAAUCUAAAUUGCAAAACAGCGCAGUUCUACUCACAUGCCUAUGAAUAUCUUUUGACAUGAAAAAUGAAUCCUGACUUCAACAAAAUGUCUUUCUUCUGAAAUUGUUGACAGUGUGGCCUUCGUUCAACGCCAGCACUCGAGGAAUAGAUGCAUGCGGAUAGACGUUUUAGUGCUACCUUUGCCCGCGUCGUUUUAGGGACUCGAAAACUAAGCUCUUUAUUUAUCCUAAACUUCAGAAACUUCCCUACACAUCCCUAAAAUAGCCAUCUUAUUAAUUAAAAUCAAAUGCUGACCCGCUACUAUACUUUCGUGCCGAUCACCGCACUUUGUCAGCACUGAUUUAAUUUGAAUAUUAAAUACCAACAAAAAAGACGAUCUAUCCCACCAAGGCGCCGAGAUUUUACAGUUAGGUUAAAGAGAAUUAUUCAAAAUUUGCUAACACGUAUAUGCAUUACGUGAGCCUGGUUGUCAUCUGGUGGAUUCUAGGUGAAUUACUUAGGAAAUAUGCUUGGGCAUUCAAAUAACUUUAUCAGAGUUUUUGGAUUACAGACGUUGCAGCAGGUUGGGCGGGUACUCUUGACCCAAGUGUGAUUAAACUGGCGGCGUCUGGCGGGGCCUCGUAGCUCAGGUGGUUACAGCGAUGGCUGUUCUAAAGCCUUCACCGUACUGCUGUGUGUUCGACUCCCAUCGAGUAGCCGAGAUUUUCAUAUUUUGAUAAAUAUGAAUUAUUCAAAAUCUUUCAAAACACAUAUGAUAUUUUAUUUGCAAUUAAGACAUAUGAAGCGCAUAAGGCAUAGUUAUCUGGGUAAAUCCGGCAGGCAUACGACUAUUCAGUAUCCCUACUAAUGCAUCUAACUUGAAUCAUGUUACCACCCGUGUAUUGAUGUUCGCUGUCUCUAAUCAAGUUCACAUGUAACCUCCCUGCCCUCAGAUGGACACCUUCCUGAUAUCCCCCGUGGUGUAGCGUGUUCACCGGUGGGUUCAAGUGACGGUCGUAGUAGGCCGCAUACUAGCUUACAGAUUCUGACUACGGCUAGCGUAAAUUCGCUGAUACCCAACUGUUGUAUGUGCCCUCCCCCCCCCCGAAGCUAGGAUCUGUCUAACAGUCAUACCCCGCUAACCUCCCCGACCGGCGGGCUAAACCACCUGGGUGCACGGUUAUGUGGACCUCGCUGACCUGAUAUAUCUUCACAUCGGCAUCGUCGAGACGAGGCUCCGUCAGGUACACAGCAGGAGGCCACAAACAUACGGCGAUGUCGUAGGCUCUUCCUGGCUUACUCGGGUCGUUCAUCCACUACGUGGCCCAUAAUAACGUUCAUCAGCGCCUAACACAAUUCGGUAGCCACAUUCAAGACGGCACUGCCCCUCCCCCUUCGCGAUAGGGAAGGGGCUAGAAAAGGUGCCCUAAACAAAUGCCGAGAAAGCACGCCAUCUGCAGGCUGACCGUGGUGGCAAACUUUAAAUUCACGGUCAAAAGAGCCAAUGAGGAAACAAUAAUAACACACACUCUCUCUAUUCCUCUCCCACCUGAUCCCCCCUUAAUUCUCCUGCUUCACCUCCUCCUACUUCUUCUUUCCGCCGCCCCACUCGCCAGACUGGUAGGGUAAGUCCUCUCGCCCUGGCACCCUGGAAUCUUUGUUCCGUUUUUAAGAAAAACACGAGGAGAAACCGGGCGGAACAUGUAACGGUACUAGUCGAUCGAAAACUGGCGCGUUAGUAGGUGGACACCGCAACACUGCGAGACGCCGUUCUCCAAAAAAGGCCAAAUGGAGGAGGUGGAUGCCAGCUACACCUUCUCCUGAAGCGGUCACCCCAAGGCAAAGUGACGGACGCUAAUGUUGGUUUUACCAUCCGAAACGACAUCGUCAGGCGACUUCCCUCUCUGCAGCAGGGCAUCAACAAUCAUCUGAUGAUCCUUAACCUGCAUAUCCGCGGAGUCAAAUUCGUCUCCAUCAUCAGUGUCUACGCUCUGCCGUUGACCAUCACCGACGUCGCAAAGGACACAUUCUAUGAGAAACUGCACACACUCAUGGAGACUGCGUCGAAGGCGGAUAAGUUGAUUGUUCUUGGUGACUUCAACACCCGCGUCAGCACAGACCAUGCUGCGUGGACAGCAGUGUUUGGUCACCAGGGUCCCAACGGCUCCAAUGACAAUGACCUGCUCCUUCUACGAGCCUGCGUAGAACACAGACUCAUCCUGGAGAACACCUUCUUCCGCCUCCCAAUGCGGGAGAAGGACACCUGGAUGCAUCCUUUGUCGCGUCAGUGGCACCUGCUGGACUAUAUCCUCGUCCGCAGGCGAGACCAGCAGGACUUUCUGGUGACAUAG